AUGCCAGGUCAGCUUGUCGCCGUAUAUCUUGGCGAACGUGGAAUCAACGUGAUCGUUAGCAUCGUGGCUGCUCUGGCAUGUCGAACACCUUUUCUUCUGCUUGAGCACUCCAUACCAGAUCUUCGACUCAAAGCGAUACUCGAAGAUGCUCGACCGACUCUUGUCAUCACUGAUCGUGUGUUGAAAGCAUCUCUUGUAUCUGCAGGUCUCGUUCCACCAGAACAAAUCUUAGUCUUCGACGAUAAUCAUGACGACAAUUUUAUGGAGGAACAACAAAGAGAGCUUACAGCUACCUCUUUAUCCUCUUCUCGGCCUCAUUUUCGACCUGACGAUACUCUCUAUCUUAUCUAUACAUCGGGUUCUAGUGGGACACCGAAGGGAGUUCUUGUACCACAUCGAGCCGUUUGGAAUCGAUUCGAGUGGAUGUGGCGUGUUUAUCCGUGGGGUGACAAUGAACGCCAAGUCUGGAAGACAUCGAUCAUGUUCGUCGAUAGUAUCUGGGAGAUGCUCGGUGGCCUUUUACGCGGUGUACCAACGGUCAUUGCAUCAUGUGCCGUGGCCAACGAUCCCUAUUCUCUUACGUACCUCAUUCAACGACGAUACAUUACUCGUCUGACACUCAUUCCUACCAUGCUCUCAUCUAUUCUAAAGCCUUUUCCUGAUCAUGGCACACGACAACAGUACUUUCGAUCGAUCAAUUUGAUUAUUGUCAGCGGUGAGACAUUAACCAAGAUCGCUUAUGAUCAAUUUCGAAAUGCCAUUCUACCUGGUGUCACAUUGCUCAAUUUGUAUGGUUCAACAGAAACGGGUGCCGAUGCCACGUUUCACGAGAUUGACACGACGAGCGAUUAUAGUUCGUUUGAGUCCAUACCAAUCGGAAAGCCAAUCGAUAACAUGAAAUAUAUCAUCAUUGAUCCAAUGAACGGUCCGACAGAGCAAUCAACUGGCGAGCUCUUGCUUGCGGGUGCCGGGUUGUAUAAGGGAUACCUCAAUCUGCCUGAUAUGACGAAGACAAAAGAAGUCACCAUUGGCGAAAUGGUCUAUUUCAAAACGGGUGAUCUUGUUCGGCUCGAUGAACGCACGGGCUGGCUGGUCUUUUGUGGUCGAUCAGAUACGCAAGUCAAAAUUCGCGGUUGUCGUCUUGAGCUGGAAGAAGUCAAAGCCGUGCUCUCCCAGUAUCCAUCGAUCAAGAGUGCUGCCUGUUUCAUGAAUGACGAAGGACAACUGAUUGCUCUUUAUGAGAUGAUGACAACCGACAAAGAUCAGGAUAUAGAUCGGGAUGAAUUGAGUCGUUGGAUUUGUUCAAACCUUGCGCGCUUUGCUUUACCAAUCGCUUUUUACAGCGUUUCGGUUCUCCCUCGUACGGCCACAAGAAAAAUUGAUCGAUCAAAGUUGCCAUUAACUGUUGCUCAAUUGAUCUCCCAUUGUUCAGACAAGCAAUCGUUCGACUCCGGUUCAAAUAAGAACGAUCAUUCUUCUACGUUUGCCCCUCCAAGUGCUAUAUGGAACCGUGCAUUGGGCAUUGAAACAUCGAUACCAACUGCAAACAAGACAUUCACACAACUCGGUGGCCACUCCCUUUUAGCCAUUCAAAUUCAACGCGAAAUAUAUGGUAUAGAUGAUUUCAGUAACAUUAAGCCAAGGUUGAAGUUGAGUUAUCAUCGCUUCGUCAGUGAUUUUUGA